AUGGAGGUCACAUCAGAUAAUCAUGUCGCAUUCAUUGUUAUUGCCGCAGUAGUUGGAUUGGUAUGGUCGAUAUUGAUGAUUGUAAUUAGAAUAUUCUUACGAAUUGUUGGAGCGGUGCAAACAUCAGUAACACUUCACGCUGUACACAAUGGCAUCGGCAAGCAGGAAGACUUACUUGCACCCGAUCAAACGCAUAAUGGGUUAAAACAACACAGUGUGGGCUACCGCAGCCAUGGAAUAUCGGAGCCUCUCAUCAGUGUGAUAGCAUGGUAUAGCCCAUACCCAGCAUUCCAUGGGAAAUACGCAUUCGUCCGAUGGACCGUGGUUGAGACGGGAAAUAUGCUGAUCGAGCUACUAAUUCCCGGCCUCAUCAUUAUGGUGCUCUGGAAUCUUCAAGCGCGGUUAAAGGCAAAGAUUACCGUCCUGGUGGCCUUUUCAAUGCAACUUCUGGUCACAAUCCCGACCGUCUUCCGAUUGAUACUUCUCCACGAGAUGACAACAGUCGACAUUCGGAACGACCGGACUUUUGCAAUCGCUAAUACUGUGGUGCUCACUGAAAUCACCAUGCACUUUUCCCUCAUGGCUGCCACCUUUCCAUGCCUUCGCAAAUUCUUGCAGGCGUUUGAUACGAAUCUGGGCGCAACGACCCAUAUGAUUACUGAUCCGGACGACCCGAAGCAAACUGGGUCAAACGGAAGCUAUGGACUGAGGUCCUUAGACCGACCAUCUCGUGCAAAAGGGACCAACAUCGAGCAUUGGUCUCGGAACUGUAAUCGGUACAAUCGAAAAUAUCAACCCCACACCGUAACAACAGUUUCGGCUGGUGUGGGUGAUCCGAGUGGCUCCCCAGAAGGGAAUGAAAGGGUACAAAGGCAACGCACGAGGAAUCACGACCUGGAGAGUGGAGGUGUAGGGAGUGAUGAUAGCCAACUUACCAUAAUUCGGCGGACGCAGCAUUGGGAAGUUACGGUAGAAUCGAGAGGAAACUGA